AUGGCACAUGGUCAUCCGGGAUCUCGCCAUACGAGUGGCAGAAGAGAAGAUCCUGCUGCUGGCAUGCGGAGUCAAGUGCUUGAGGAGUUUCGCAACAAUAAGGCAAAGAAGGUGGAUUUGACGGAUAUCUUUGGACAUGUGGUUGAGUUUUCUGGUGAUCAGCAUGGAAGUCGCUUUAUUCAACAAAAAUUGGAGACGGCGAGUUCGGAUGAUAAAGAGGCAUUGUUUCAGGAGAUUGUCCCGAAUUGCUUGCAGCUCAUGACGGAUGUCUUUGGCAACUAUGUCAUUCAAAAGUUCUUUGAGCAUGGCAAUCAGGUGCAAAAGACUGUGCUCGCAAAGCACAUGGAAACGCACGUCUUGUCGUUGUCAUUGCAGAUGUACGGUUGUCGCGUUGUGCAAAAAGCACUGGAGCAUGUGCUUGCUGAGCAACAAGCGAGUAUGGUCAAGGAACUCGAUGGUCAUGUCUUGAAGUGCGUCAAGGAUCAAAAUGGCAAUCAUGUCAUUCAAAAAGCACUCGAACGUGUGCCAGCCGAUAAGAUUGACUUUAUCUUGAAUGCGUUUGCCGGUCAGGCAUACAUCCUGGCUACACACCCCUAUGGUUGUCGCGUCAUCCAGCGCGUCUUGGAGCACUGCCCAACGGCGCAAGCCUCGAUUCUCGAAGAACUUCACCGAUACACGCAAAACUUGGUGGUGGAUCAGUACGGCAAUUAUGUGUCGCAGCACUUGAUCGAACGCGGCAGCAACGAAGACAAGUCACGCGUUAUUGGUGUCAUCAAGGGGCAGGUGUUGACCUUGUCGAAGCACAAGUUUGCGAGCAACGUGGUGGAGAAGUGCAUCAUGUUUGGCGAUGCCGAUGAGCGACACAUGUUGAUUGAAGAAGUGCUUGCCCUCAACCCUGAUGGAUCAAGCAACUUGAGUGCUCUGAUGAAGGAUCAGUACGGCAACUACGUUUUGCAAAAGAUGCUCGAAGUCAGCGAUGGCGCUCAAAGGCAUGAGCUGGCAAAUAAGAUUCGUCCAUUGCUCGAAUCGCUCAAAAAGUUCUCCUAUGGCAAGCAUCUCAGCUCGAUUGAGCGCCUCCUCGAACGUGCGUCCCUCGACAACAGCGCCAGCGUGUCUCCCGCACACAGCAUCUCUGGUGACAAAAGGGCAGACGCAAGGGCGAGCGCAUAA